GGCGGGGAAGGAGGCGGGGAAGUAGGAGGCGGAGGCAGUGGCGCCGCUCCUGCCCCUCCGGGGCGCUGCCAGCCGGGAGCCGCUGCCCGGCUGGUCCCGCCCCGCCGGCCGGGAGCCUCCCUUUCCGCCGGGAGGGCGACGCGGCGCUGCCCAAGAUGGUGGCGGGAGGGCCGUGCCUGUGUGGGCUCCUCAGUGGAAUUCUGUGCGUCUGCUUGGUGCUGCUGCUGUGGGGAGUACGGCUCUGGCUACAAAGGAAGAAGCAGUUGAGCUCAGCGGGAGGAGAUGGGAAGCGGCCACUGCUGGUGGCCUUUUUUCACCCCUAUUGCAAUGCAGGAGGUGGAGGGGAGAGAGUCCUGUGGUGUGCCAUCAGAACGCUUCAGAAAAAGUACAGAAAUGUAACGUGUGUUGUUUACACUGGUGAUAGAGAUGCCACUGGAGAAGAAAUAGUAGAAGGCGCUUUCAGAAGAUUCAAUAUUAAGUUAAUCCAUCCUGUGAAGUUUGUAUUUCUAGAAAAACGCUUCCUUGUGGAAGCUUCUCUUUAUCCUCACUUCACUUUGCUGGGACAAAGUUUAGGAUCAGUGCUCCUUGGCUGGGAAGCUCUUCUGAAAUGUGUUCCUGAUAUUUAUAUUGACUCAAUGGGUUAUGCCUUCACGAUUCCCCUCUUCAAAUACCUUGGAGGCUGCCGCGUUGGAUGCUACGUGCAUUAUCCCACCAUCAGCACAGAUAUGCUCUCUGUCGUGAGGAACCAGGAUACCAGGUUUAACAAUGCCGCCUUCAUUACAAGCAGUCCUCUCUUGUGCAAAUUUAAACUUGCCUACUACUACUUCUUCGCUUUCAUGUACGGAUUGGUUGGUUCCUGCAGUGAUGUGGUUAUGGUGAAUUCUUCUUGGACACUGAAUCACAUCCUUUCCCUCUGGAGAGCUGGGGCUUGCACCAGUGUUGUGUAUCCACCGUGCGACGUUCAGACAUUCCUGGAUAUUCCUCUGGAAGUGGAAAAGAGCACCAGUGAAUAUUCCAUUGUUUCUGUCAGUCAGUUCAGGCCUGAAAAGGAUCAUCCUUUGCAAAUCAGAGCCUUUGCUAAAUUGCUGAAAGAGAAGCGAGUGGGGCAGCAGCCAUCGCUGAAGCUGAUCUUAAUCGGCGGCUGUCGUAACCAGCAAGAUGAAGAGCGUGUAAAUAACCUGAAAUGUCUGUGUGAAGAGCUGGGAGUUAGUGAUGAUGUGAUAUUCAGGAUUAACAUUCCCUUUGAGGAGCUGAAGAGACACCUGGCUGAGGCCACCAUUGGCCUGCACACCAUGUGGAAUGAGCACUUUGGGAUCGGAGUAGUGGAAUGUAUGGCAGCUGGCACAGUUAUCCUGGCUCACAAUUCUGGCGGCCCCAAAUUAGACAUCGUGGUACCCCACGAAGGAUGUGUUACAGGCUUCCUGGCAGAGGAUGAGGACUCUUAUGCUGAGACCAUGGCUUACAUCUUUUCUUUGUCUCCUGAGAAAAGACUGGCGAUCAGAGAAAAUGCUCGUCGCUCUGUGCACAGGUUUUCUGACCAGAAUUUUGAAGACACAUUCCUGUUAUCUGUGGAGCCCUUAUUUAAAUAAGUGUAAAGAAGUCAAAAUGAACAUGAGUAAAAUUAACUUUUUAUAUUUGACUGUGUGGCACAUGUAAAUAUGUCUAAGCUAUGAUCCCUGGUCCCAUUCAAUAAAGAGGUUGCUUUUCUUUCUGUCA